CCGUGUGCUCCGUUCUUCUCUUUCUGCUUCUGGAAUGAUGGCUCUAUCUCGUCUUCCUUCUCUAGUCCCGCCCUUUCAGCUACCGGCUCUGGAUGGGGAUCGGUAACCCAGAAAGGGCCAGCAAAAGCGCCGUAGUGUUUAGAGGAGCGGAAGUAGUCAAAUGUCUCUGAACACCGUAAAGUGCGGCUGGCUGUCUCCCUUUCCGGAUAAAGACAACAGUUCCGACUGUCAGUGCCGGCCUUCCUCCUGGGUUAUUCAGUUGAGGAAGACAAAAAUUAUUUGGAACGCACCUAGUGGCUUUGCCUUGCAGAUUUGGUAGACGCAAAAAGCAAAGGGGGAACAUGGGCAAAGGAAGAAAUGCUUUUUGUUUUUCCUUGCAAAAAUCAUUUGGCAGAUUUGAUGAAAAAGAAAAUGUGUCCAAUUGCAUCCAGUUGAAAACCUCAGUUAUAAAGGGUAUUAAGAAUCAAUUGAUAGAACAGUUUCCAGGUAUUGAACCAUGGCUUAAUCAAAUCAUGCCUAAGAAAGAUCCUGUCAAAAUAGUGCGAUGCCAUGAACAUAUAGAAAUCCUUACAGUGAAUGGAGAGUUACUCUUUUUCAGACAAAGAGAAGGGCCUUUUUAUCCAACCCUAAGAUUACUUCACAAAUAUCCUUUUAUCCUGCCACAUCAGCAGGUUGACAAAGGAGCCAUCAAAUUUGUACUCAGUGGAGCAAAUAUCAUGUGUCCAGGCUUAACUUCUCCUGGAGCUAAACUUUACCCUGCUGCAGUAGAUACGAUUGUUGCAAUCAUGGCAGAAGGAAAACAGCAUGCUCUGUGUGUUGGAGUCAUGAAGAUGUCUGCAGAAGAUAUUGAGAAAGUCAACAAAGGAAUUGGCAUUGAAAAUAUCCAUUAUUUAAAUGAUGGGCUGUGGCAUAUGAAGACAUAUAAAUGAGCCUCAGAAGAAAUGCACUUGGGCUAAAAAUGGAUAUUAUGCUCUAUCUGUAUCUGUGUUUGUGUUUAUGUGUGAUGGCAUGAAGACAAUACCUCUGUGGUUAUGCUGAAUAAAUUCAACAGAUGCUA